AAAUGACGAUGACAAGUUGUUCCUUCUCUUUUGGUUUUCAGAAUCCAAAGAAAAACUAAGAGAUAAAUUAAGAACAAAAAUGGCAAAUUACUAUAACAUUGAUGAUAUUCUUACUGAGGAAGAGUUUGUUCCAGUUGUAUUUCAUAAAUCAGCAAACGGAGUGAUAAUCGAUCCGAGCUCUGAAACAAACUCUGUUGAACAAGGCGCAAAGGUGGAGCUACCUUUAUGGCUGGCUCAGGAAUUAUACUUAAGGCAAGCUGUAUCAAUAAGCGUUCCCGCCUGUUUUAACCAAAAAACAAGGCUGGAAAUCCAAGCUGAUGCAGCAUGUGUGGAUCUUAAAUCCCGGUCUCCAUUUUUCUAUGAAUUUGGAUGCAAGAUAGUGCCGCUGGUUGGUGAUAAAACCGUUGAAGUUUUGCUCUUAUCUGCCUUUAAGAUCAGGUACAAGGAGAUUUUGACCAAGGCAUACACUGCCGCAUACACAGCAACUUCCCAGUUCUUGACACUUUUAACAAAAGAAGAGACCAAUUUGUAUGAGGCAGCUCAGUCUUCAAUGGCAGCCUUUAAGAAGUGGCGGAUGGGUGGCCCCAGGCUUCAAAGAGCUUCAGUUCUUGGAAGGAAGAGGAAGCCAAUUGAGUAGAUGCCAUUUUAACCUGAAGAUGCCUCUCUCAUAGUCACUUGCACAAUGGUAUUUGUCAGUUAAUUAUGAGUCUCCUAAUGUUUGAGUAACUUAACCUGAGGCUCAGAACUGGAAAUUGAUUUGUUUUACCACAGACAAAGAACUAGAUAUGUUACUUUUCUAUUGGGUUCUACUGUUAAGUGUUGUUUGGAUUCAGUUCUGGGAUUUAACUAGUCCA